AUGUCAACAGGAGUUGAUGCACCAAAGAGGGAAACCCCUAUUCUUCCUCCGCCCAGCUCCAUCCCCCAGAAGCGCGUCCUCGAGGAUGACCACGUCCCCGCCGUAUCCUCCCCGUUGAACCCCGACUUCAAGUCCAGGGCGCAAGAUGAUGCUCCCCUCGCGCGCGAUCGCGUCUCGAGAGCAAAGAAGGAAUCACUGAAGAAGCGCGAGUCCAAGGCAGGAUCUAUUGCGCCAGACUCUAGCGCGAGAGCUGCACCGGACCCCAAGACCGGCGCGAAAAGUAAGAAGAAGGAGGAGGCACUGGAGCCCGUCCGGUUAUACCUACCUCCGCCCAAGCCCUCGGAUUUCGAGCCACCCAGAGGACCCAUAUUCAUACCAGCAGAUACCAGACCGAACGCCCAAGGCCUCGAGAUCACUUUCAAUGAGACCACCGACCAUGUCUAUAACAAGAAGAACUUCCACUACACCCACUGCAUUGCAGACCCCGCCUUCCCGUCAUCUCUCUUCUACCGACAGACAGAAACCGAACCCUUUGGCCCGCGAUUGAACUUCGAAGACACGUCUACCCAUAUGUUCCUCGAUGAGUCCGGCAAGCAUGUUACGACGGACAAGGGCUUCAGAAUGGCGAAGUCGAAUGUGUGCGUCCGGGAGGGACGAUGGUACUACGAAGUUAGAAUCACCAGUGGGAUUCCGAAGCGGAAGUCGAGCACGCAUGGUAGUGGAGGCGAUGGUUCUAACGGACAUGUGCGUAUCGGCUGGGCGAGACGGGAAGCUACAUUGGAUGCGCCGGUUGGGUUUGAUGCCUACAGCUACGGAAUCCGCGAUGUUGCAGGCCAGAAGGUUUUCAUGUCGCGACCAACCAAUUUCUUUCCGAAUAACGAGGAUAUCAGAGAGGGCGACGUUAUUGGACUGGAGAUCAAUUUGCCUUCCGAGUCACUUCAUCGCAAAGUUGUGGAGGGCCAGUACAAUCCCGCGGUCGACCUGGAGGACGAGGGAAAUGUGGGGAUCGAGAGAGCUGAUAUCGUUCGCGACCGGGUACCAAUUCGAUACAAGACACAUUUGUAUUUCGAGCAGGUCGAAUACCAUGCCACGAAGGAGCUGGAGGAGUUAAUGAACCCUUCUCCGGUCAUUCAAUCAACCGGUGGAGUGGGAGGAUCAGCGCAACAACCUGGACCAACACACCCAGUGCCCUCUCUCCGUACCCUUCCUUAUUCGAACAUCAAGGUCUACAAGAACGGAGACUACGUUGGCACGGCGUUCAAUAACCUACUCGCUUUCCUCCCGCCAGCCUCGAAGCCUUUGAUCCAGGUUGGAGGAGCCAGAGAAGGAUUGGAUGAUGGUAUGCUGGGAUACUACCCUGCGAUAUCCGUCUUUAGAGGUGGAGCCGCCGAGAUCAAUCUUGGUCCGGACUUCUGGUGCCCACCACGCAGCGAAGGAGAAGCCGAAGAUGAGGCUGACAGGACUGGAAGCGAUCAAACUAAGACGAAGAAGAAGCCACCGAAGCUCCGAGCAGCUGGCGAGCGAUACGAGGAGCAGAUCGUGGAGGACAUUGUGUACGAUAUGAUCGACGAGGUUAAUUACUGGAUGCAGGACGGAGGCGUCAGCGGAACAGAGGCCACAAACGGCGUGCGCUCUUCUUUUGCUUCCGUCCACAGCGGAAUUUCUGGCGGCGUUCUGGGCUCUGAGGAGAUCAAGGAGUUGGUUCAAGAGGACGACUGA